AUGCCCUAUGAGUGCAAGCCACAGGGCCGCAAACUAUCGAAGAUUGCCACCUUGGAACUGGCCAGACAGUUCAUCCUCCAAGUACUUCAAGAAAAGCACCAACUGGAGGUAAAGCUUCAGGAGAUCGUGAUUGCUUUUAACCUGAUCAACUCGCGAUGCCAGUACUAUCACCACCAACAGGAUCCAUCCUUGGCCGGGGGAUAUCAUUCGUCUGUUCGUCGCGGCUCUUCAUUGGACAUGCCUCCGGACAGGAUAUCGAUUGUGCCAGCUGGAACCUCGGAGGCAUCAUCCAGCUUACAUUCCACAUGUUCCUCCCUCCCCUCACCAUUCUCCUCCUCAUCUCCGGUGGGGGAAAGGGGGGUGGAACGAGGAGUGCUGGACCCAAAAUCUGUCGCCUUCCACCCCUUCCCCAGACUCCAUGUGGAAUAUCCUUCCUCCGCGACCACAGACGCCGACUGA